CUCCACGCUGCCGCGGCACAGGGUAGCCUCACGGCCUCAGCCCUUGAUCAGUAUAAGUCAUCCCCUCACUUCAGCAUUGAUGAGCUGGACAACAAAAGUCGGACAGCACUCGCCUAUGCCUCUCUGAGGGGCCACGUCGAUGUUGUAAAGCUUCUGCUGAAGGAGGGGGCAAAUGUCAAUAGCAUCAACGACAAGAAUCGGACUGCGCUUUGGUAUGCCUCGCAUUCCCACUCCUCUGUCACCAAGCAGCAGCGUCGCGAAGUCGUCGAGUAUCUGUUGCAAAAGGGUGCAAAUCCCGAUGUGCAAGCAAAAGAUGGCUCGACUGCCCUCAUGAAGCUCAUCGAGCAUCGAGAGCCCGGUGCCAUCAAGCUUCUGACGCAAAAGGGUGCCUCUAUGGACGGCAAGAAAGGGUCAAACUCUAUGGACGUUGAAAAGCUCGCAAAAGCCACCAACGACCAAGCAGUGAUCCGAGCUAUCAAUCAAAUGCCGGGACAGGCCUCAAGCAGGGAUGAGCUCGUGACUGAGCUGAUUAACUAUGUCCUCAAGUCUAUCGGCUUUAUGAACCAUAGACUCAAAGGUGUGGUCAAGACCUUCUUCGGCAUCCGAGGUAACCUGAAUCAAUCCUUUAUAGUAAAAAAGGAUGAUAACGAUGAUGUUCCGCCUGUAGUGCCUGUCUCGGAGAUCUCAGAACAUACCACGGCAGAAGAAUUCCAGGCUAGCAUGAUGAAGUUUAUUAAUGAUACCGGUCUCGACUACUUCUUCGAGGAAGGCGACCCAUUCUUGCAAAUUGUCGCGAAUAAAGCAGUGGAGCUUCAAGGCAAGACCGAAAACCAGCUGAGAACCGAACAAGAUAUCCAAGACAUUACGAAGCUUGCUCUUUAUCAACCGGUCUUCUAUUGCGACGACAGCGGUUCCAUGAAACAAGGUACCCGUCAAGCCGAUCAGAUUGACCUUGUCCGACGAGUCGCCCGAAUCUCUACAUUGCUGGUACCCGAAGACCACGGAGCAGGCUUACUCUUUAUCAAUGACAAACGCACGUUGAACCCGAAUCUAAAUGCCGAGCAAGUGCAAGAUAUUAUGAAGGCAACCAAGGCCAGCGGCAAGACCAGGAUUGGUACCCAGCUCGAGACUAAGAUCCUCAAACCCCUGGUUUACGACGUCAUUAACAGCGGAGAGAAGUUGAAAAGACCAAUUCUUAUUUCUUGCAUCACCGAUGGCUGUGCUAGUGGUGAAGUCGAAGACAAGUUUAAGGAAACAAUUAUCGAGUGCAUUCAGUUCCUUAUAGACCACGAUUACCCAGCCCAAGGU